AUGGGCCAGAUUGGGAAGGGCGGUACGAGGGUGAGACUUGGCGUUGGUGUUUUGGAACAUCAAAGAUGGACAGGGUUUUCGCGGAGGUCGCUCCUCGGAUAUCUCCACAACUACAGGUCGGGGAUCUUCCAAAAUCGAGAAGAUUGGUGCAUAUGGCUAGGUCACUUCACCUUACAAUUUGUAUGGCACUCUGGCCCGGGGUUGUGGUGUGGUAGGGGAGAACGGGGGAUAAUCCCACACAGGAGCUUCGAACAACGUCCGGUUCACGUUUGGCUGGAUAACUCCACCACCACACGGGAGAUUCUUAUUCUGAAUAAUGAAUUCAGUACUGAAUUCAGACAUUAUAGCCAGAAUGAUAGAGUUUUCAAAGAGGAAUGGCUCAAUUGA